UUUUUCCCCUGCAGACAAGGAAUCAUGUCCGAUGAAGGAAAACUUUUCGUCGGUGGCCUGAGCUUCGACACCACAGAGGAAUCUCUGGCAGAAGCUUUCGCCAAAUAUGGAAACAUCGCAAAAGGUGCGUUCUAGCCAGGUCUUUUAUUUGGUAAGUGAUAGCUGACUAACGUUACUUCCAGAAAUAUUAUUAUCAGAAAUGUUUAAUUUCCGUGUUUUCUCGCGCAGUUGAUGUCAUCAGGGAUAAAGAAACGGGAAGGUCUCGUGGAUUCGGCUUCGUAAAGUACGAUAAUGCCGAUGAUGCAAAGGACGCAUUGGAGGGAAUGAACGGCAAGGUAUAUCGGUAUCGCUACUUAUAUUUACCAAUUAUUGGAACUACUUUUUUUUUAUAACCUUAAUGACUUCACUGACUAGACAACUAAGAAAGCAUAUGAACCAAAGUUAUUUCUGGUUAUCAUAUCAAAGUUGGCCAGCUAAUUUAUUAAUCCUGAUAACUCAUUAUCCCAUUAUGAAAAGCCACAUUUUUAUUGACCCACACUGAGCAACUCUUGUCUCUUGCAGUCUGUCGAUGGCAGGACCAUUCGUGUGGAUGAAGCGGGCAAGGGUGGCGGUCGCUCUGGAGGCGGUGGCGGAGGCGGUGGAUUCAGAGGUUCCAGAGGCGGUGGCGGAUAUGGUGGUGGAGGUGGCUAUGGAGGGGGGAGAGGAAGAGGUGGGAGAGUUAACUCGCAUGGUAUGGGCAGGCAAUAUGCAAGAUGGUGUGCUCCCCAUCAUCCAUUAGCAUUUUGUCUUGCCCCUCCCUCUUUGCUGUAGUUAUAUUUCAGUGUGAGUUUGUUUUGAAGUGUUGUGCUUGUUUGUUCCCAGGUGGCGGAGGAUAUGGUGGCGGUGACAGGGGAUAUGGUGAGAGGAGCUAUGGUGGUGGAGACCGCAGCUAUGGAGGUGGAGACCGGAGUUACGGGGGUGGCGGUGGAUACAGGAGCGGCGGUGGCGGAGGAUACUCUUCUGGUGGCGGAGGAUACAGAGACAAUAGGUGAGGCGACCAAUUGGAUUUUAUCGCAUUCUCAAAUUGGUGUUUGUAGACAUUUCCCUCUUGCAUCAUUUACAAUGGACUGUGUUAGUGAAUGAUUAACUGACACUAGAAAUUCCAUUUAGCUCAGGUUUUUUGAGGCCAACGUGUCAUUUUUCUAUAGAGAAAUCAAAUCAUUCACGAGACAUCAAGUCAAUAGCUGUGGGACGCUGGGCUAAAUGGAGUUGUAGUUUUCAUUUUGAGCAAGUUUUCAACCUAGUUCAGCGCUGAAACUUGGUAAUUAACUACAAUGACCGUGUUUGUUGGGCUGUUUUUUUCUAACUCUGAGGAAGUGGUUUCUAAAUGAUUUCACAUGUGCCAAAAUAAGCCCAAUGGGAUAUCAUGCAUUGUUGGGGCAAAGACAUGAUCAUCUCGUCAUUGUAUACAGUUCACUGGACGGAUAGGCCUACACUUUUAUGCAUGUUAGGUUGGAUGCACACAUAAGAGGGGGAGCAGAAAUGGGACUAUUACUUAAAAGAAGUCAUCAAAUAAACUACAUAUAUAUAUAUAUAUAUAUAUACACCUGCUAUCUUAUUUCAGAGUAAUCUAUUGUCUAGUCAAUGUGGACCUGACAGACAAUGGAAUAUUUUCAAUGUUUUGGCAAUUGAAUGCUUGGCUUUGGAAUUUACAUUUAAAGCGUUUAUAAUACAAUUCAAACAGUGAUCAUUUAAUGGCUGACCUGACCUCGAAGCACUAAUGGACAGGGACCUUACCUAUAUUUCUUUUUUCCUCCAAUGUUAGGGGCCAGGGAAGCUACGGGGACCGCUCUGGGGGUUCCUAUAGAGACAGCUACGACAGCUAUGGUAUGUCUGAGUAAUGUAUUUGUUUCUUGCUUCAUAGGCCUAGGCUGUGUUAGAACACUUCCUGAUUCCAAGGUUCUGGACUUGAAUCUUUUACUAGGUUGCUGCUGAAUAGUAUAGAAUGAGAUAUAGUUUACUUCGGUGUACCUUCCCUCCUACUCUGAACUCAUUUAUACCAAUCUACAGGAGAAUACAUUUCCUCUCUUACACCAGCACAGUUCAUAUAGGAAACCCCCCCCCCCCCCCCCCCCAAGUUGGUUGAACUAUUUGGGGCUGUUUACUGCAGGGCUCUUAACCCUAUUCCUGGCGAGCUACUUACUAUCCUGGAAGUUUUCCCUCCAACCCUAAUCUAGCACACCUGAUUCUAAUAAUUAAGCUGGCUGACUCAGGUUAGUUACAACUGGUUGGAGUGACUCUACAGGAGGGUGGCUCUCAGGAACAUUGUUUGGAGAACCCUGGUUUAGUGGGUAACUGGGGAUGUUAUCAAGCUCAAAUGUUCGUGAAACUUGUUUCCUAAACUCAGUGUCUUUACCUGUGUGCCCACUUCUUGUCCUCAGCUGCACACGAGUAA